AUGGGGUUGAAAAUGAAAGCACAUCGUCAUGCAGGCACAAUCUCUCGUCGACAGCGGUGGAUUUUAAUGAUAAUCAUUGCCUUUGUAUUGUACUUGAUGUUGAUGAUUCAAAUGUGGAUCUGGUCCUCUGCAAACCACGCAGAUUUACGUGCUAAUAUCAUAAAUGCUGAAGAUAUUCCCAAGCCAGUUAGUCGAUCGACAAUUAAACAAAAUGACGAGCCACAGGAGAUGCGAGUAGAUUCUUCACAAGCAGAAGAAAUGAAUCAUAAACAACCAAAUUUACGCAUUGUUGAUCCAUCUCAAGCGAUUCCUGACACGAUGGAGCUUUUGACUCAUGAGUCCGAAGCUCCACGAGCUACUAAUGUACCAGAAGCUUCACCACCUUCAAAAGUGAUGAUUAAAUCACCUUCUUCAUUUGCAGCUCGUCAUGAUAUUAUCUUUGGGUACACUGCAGCAAUGAAGUAUUUGGCUAAUUAUACAAUUUCUGAAGAUUCCAAUGAACGACUCUUUUUGUUUUUUGUAUGUGGUGAUGAGAAAGGAGAACAAAUGAAAUGGCGAAAAGUAUGUGUGGAUGCAUCUGCAUUAGUAUAUGAUGUGUUUGCGAAAUCGUCGUCUCAUAAUCGAUUGGUGACUAUUUACGCUGGAUCAAAGACAGAUUGGUCGAAAACGAAUAACUUUUACAAUGAUGUGGAUCUUAAAGUGAAGAUGAUUCCUGCUUUAAUGGAAUGGCAUGGAGGACGUCCUGGUGCAAAGCGUGUGACAACUGGUAUGAUUAUUGAAGAUAGUCUUCUUUACGAACCAUUACUGCGAUAUCUGUUUAAGAAUGAAGACAGUUUGGAUCCACUUCUUGCACCUGAAAAGAUUGCAUCGAAAGAAAUUGUUUUAUUAAAAGGUCAUCAGAAGUAUCGACAAUAUAUUGAGACAAUUGCCAAAGGAGAAAAUCCAUUGCUAACUGUUCCAAAUGGUCCAAUGUUUUUCUACUUUAUUGCUGGUCGACUGGAAAGAAAUGAACGUCCAUGGUGUCCAUAUUGUCGAUAUUCUGAGAUCUCGGUUGAGUAUGCAUUUUAUGCUUUUGCACCUCCAGGAUCUCGCUUAGUUAAGGUUGAGACUGUCAAUUCUUAUGCUACAUGGAAAAAACCUGUUAAUGAAUGGAAAUCGGAGACUUCCGUGAUAAUUCGUGGUGUUCCAUGGAUGUUUCGAGCAGAAUUAGAUGCUCACACGCAUACAUUUACUUUUGAUCGAGUGUAUGGACGAUUUGAUCAUCCGGAUACGUUACAAGAACUUUUUCAAACUUAA